CCCACCUGCCUGUCCUUGAGCCCUGCAGCCUUUCUCUGGAAUGACCGUCUUCUGCUGAACGCUACAGCAUGAUGAGCUGGGUGGUAAAAGUUGUUCCCCAGCCCCCAGCGCCUACUGGGAAACUGGUAGAGGAGGACAACACCAAUGCUUCCAUGGCAACGGACACUGUAGCGAAAAAGGAGGAAGUUAAACAAGAACCCAACCCUGCCAAGCCAAAAGAGGAGGUCUCAGAGGAAAACAGCUCUAAGACUGGGGUUUUGAGUUGGCUUUCUAAUGGGUUCAACAGUGCUCUCCCUCAGCCAGUGAACACCUCUAAACUGCAAGAGGAAAAUGCAGUGAGCAACAGUAAAACAUUGGAAGAGACUGGAAUGAUAGGCUUGAUUGUGCAGGAACUGGUAAAAGUGGUACCACAGCCAGAUGAGAAAUGCAAGGGUCACACAGAGCCAGAGGAGGUCACUGAGGUGCAUGAGAUCAAAGACCUUCAUGAUGCUGAGCCACUCCCUCACAUUCCUGUGGUGGAAAUUGUGUCUGAUGAGGAGCCAGAUGCUGCCAACACGCUCUUCUCGCCAAGUGUAAUAGAAUGGAUCAUGCAUGGUUUUGAGAAGAUAAUCCCUCAGUCUCCUAUCCACCUUCAUCCUCCCUCCGAUUCUGAAACCCCAGCACAGAGGGCUGUGUCUGCUCCAGUGACACCCUGCAAACAACAGCCAGCCGCACCGGCACCCAAGGCUGCACCUACACCCAAAACUGCAACAGCUCCUGCAGCUCCAGCUCCAGAGCCACACAAAGCUGUUGAGGAUUCAAAAGGCUCAAGACUACAGCAAGAGUGUGUGGCAGAGGACCUGGCUCAACAGGCUGCAGAGUUGGCUGUCAGAAAGCUGGAGGAAGAGCACAGCACACAGAUCAACACUGUGCCAAAAAGAAAAGAGCCAGACACUGAGGAUCAGAAGAUGUUGACCAAAGAUAAGAAGCCUGCAGAUGAGAAGGGAGAGGUUAAAGAAACAGCUGAGAUAAUUCCUCCGCAUCCAGAGACGCCCAAACUUUAUAAAGCUGCCCUGAAGGUUGGCGCAGGAGAGACUUUCGCCAAGCUGAAGGAAGUUUAUAAAGGAGCAACCCUAGAGCCAUCCACUACUGCCUCUGGCGGUGCCUCUACAGGUCCAGUUCCCCCUCCUUCCCCCAUCCACCGGCGUUCUCCAAUUCCCCGACCUCGCUUCCCAGAUGAAGAUGACAUGGUAUCAGAGACCAACGACAGCACCAUGAUCAUCCGCAUGACUCCCCGUGUAGAGGGAGAGGAAAUCCUCUCUGUGGAAGUCACCCCUGUGGAGAGACUUCUGGUGGGCACAGAAGACCCAAGCAAAACUGAAGAAGAGAAGUGAGAUAAAAGAAAAAGAGAAAGUAUAGUGUAGGGAUAAAAGAAAAAGUGUAACGGUAGCCAGCUGACAGAUAGCUAUGCAAUAUGUAUAAACCUCACUCUCCUGACCUCAAGAGGUGCACUAGCGACUAGAGGCUUUAGCCUCCUUGUUAGCGCACCCGCCUCCCAUGCCGGGGACGCCGGUUUGGGUCACGUACGGAGCGGGUAGAACAGGAGCAUCACAAAAGCAAGCUUGAAGAAAAGCCCAGUUUGUGGAACCCUCUUGCUUUUUGAUCAGGUCCUGGAAAACUGUGCUAAUUCUCUACUUGUCGUAGUGUUCAGAGUCCCAUUUUGUCAAAAUACUAUCACUGAACUUACAUUUUCAUUGACAUUUUUAGAUAAAACAGCUUGAUGUAGUAAGAACACACAGCUCUCCCUCUGGUCCAAAAAAAGAGCAUUUAUUGAAAUUGAGCUACAAAAAUGACUGCACUUUGAUGCAUACUACAACAUUUACCAAAUGUCCACUGAGUGUUGUUAAAAGUGAGUUACAUUCUUCCCUGACAGAUUAAAUGUUGUUUAAAUGUAAUGCUCUAUCGAGUUUUAAAUCAGCAUAACCAUGAACCUAAACCUAAAAAUACAAUUGCUAAAGCAACCACAUCAUUCUGUAGUGAUUCUAUGACCCUUUUGCCUCAUGUGUCAACUCGCAUGCUCUUCAGGACUCCAAUCCUUUGCAUUGCAAGUGCAACAGUCUUUCAGUUGAGCUAUCAUGGAAUUUGACCGCACUUGAACAAGCUUGUAUAUGUAGUUAGUUAUGUAAUGCAAACAGUAGACUAUAGUAAAAGUGUUGAGAUGCCAAGAGACAGCAUUGUGUGAGUAAUACAGCAAAAAGUAAGUGUUUAUGAACUGAUAAUCUGCCCUUUCACUUAUGAUUUGUGUGAAAGGGAAUAAAUGUCAGUGUUGUUUUAGCACCUCAAGUGUUCAUUUCACCAGGAAACCGCCAUGAUACAUACACAAACAAGGCAAGUGAAAAUCAUUUUGCAAAUAAGCAUAGUAUCGUGGUUCUGUGAGUCCAGGUAGCGGACUGAAAUGAAAACAAUAUUUCUAUGAUAUGACCCUUUAAGGACAUAGUUGGCCUUAGGUGCCUAGAACUAAAACACUAUUAGGGUCCGCAGAACUCCCUGUGUAAUGGAAAGUAACCUUGACUAUUUUCCGCAGCACACUCUGCUCUAACUACAAGACUGCUGCUCUGCAUCUUAUUCCAACACCAUUGUCUCUUACGCUAUUGCCUUAGCGGAAUCCCACUGCACAGACAGAUUGAUAUUGCAAUGUUACCUAUUAUUUCUGGUUAAACUGUAUAUGCUGACAGAAUUUGUUUCCCAGUCCCAUUAAAUACAUUGUGUUAUUGUUAAAGUCAAGUAAACUGUAUACAUUUGUAAUGCUCUCUCGGAAAAGACUUUAUAAAUUGCCUGCACAAUGCAGGGAUGUUAGUUGCAUCACAUGGUGAAAAUAUGCUAUUGUUUUUGUGGGUAUGCAGCUAGAUUGUCUAAUCCACUGUAAAGAGCCCUUACUUCACUGCAUUUAUCUGAUACCCCGCUGAUAUGCCCAUGUGUUUGGAGAAACACUCUGAGUACUAAUCAAUUAGAAAUGAUUUUUCACUCUUUCCAGGUCAGUUAAUGCUGAACUGCUAGUGUGACUAGGCACCAAAUAAUCUAUAAAUGGAAAGUUACAAAAUUGUUUUUGUUUGUGUGUGGAAAAUACACAGCAAUGCCCUCAUCAUAAGGUUUUAGACUGCCCUGAUUUCUUCAUAACAGGUUAGAAGAUGAAUGAAGAUGAUUUCAUUAGAAUGAAAUCAAGAUUUGUCAGAUAAACAGGUAGUCCUGCCACAAACUCAAACCAGUGGUUGAGCCAGUGUUGCUGUGUCGGGCUAGUCGGGACACUCAAACAAAUGAGUGAUUGUGAAAAUUUGUGAAACAAAUGUAAAUCAUUUUGGAUAAAUAUCCAAGUUAAAGACAGGCUCAGACAUGCACACUGACAGGAAGGUCUCCGGAAGAAUGAAGAGUUUGUCAUUGUUCCUGUCCUGCUCUACAAGACCAGAGGCAGGAAAUAUGAAAAGGCAGGAAUUUGACAGACAAUACUGGGUUUGGUGAAGUGAAUGAGUAUAGUCUUUACUUGUCUGUAUUUAAAUGUGGCAUACAGGGGCUAUUAAAAUAUUUUGAUUUGUAUAGUGAAUUCAGUGAGCUUCAAGACAUAAAUGAUUAUAAAUAUAUGAGGGAUAAACCUUUGAAUAUAAGAUUAAUUCAUUACAUUUAUUUUUGAGUAGGAAUUAAACUCUUUUCAUUCAAAUCUGUAUAUCAAAUACAUUAGCCAUAAGAUCUAUAAGUUAUUUCUUGGAAAGCUUUGACUUUUGUUGAUAUCACACAUAGGUUCCAAGUCCUUUACUGUAUUUUUCUAAACAAACGUAUGCUGUUUUUGUCAGUCAACAUAUUGGACAAAUUCAAAUUUGUCAAUCUAAGAAAUGUAAAUGAUUUGCUGCAAGUCACAAUUGUUAUGGAAUCAUGUAGGCUAUUAAUCACUCAAAUGUUCAUUGGUUGUUAAUAAUUUAUUUUCAUUGGAUGAUAUACAGUACAUUGUAUCACACAAUGAUAUAUAAGCUCUUAUGUGAAAACAAAGAAAUGUCACUGUAUGUGUGUGUGUGUGUGUGUGUGUGUGUGUGUGUGUGUGUGUGUGUGUGUGUGUGUGUGUGUGUGUGUGUGUGCGUGUAUUUAUCACUUGGUGGGUACCAAAUGUCCCCAUAAGGAUAGUAAAACCCGAAAUUUUUGACCUUGUGGGGACAUUUUGUCGGUCCCCAUGAGGAAAACAGCUUAUAAAUCAUACUAAAUUAUGUUUUUUGAAAAUGUAAAAAUGCAGAAUGUUUUCUGUGAGGGUUAGGUUUAGGGGUAGGGUUAGGUUUAGGGGAUAGAAUAUAAAGUUUGUACAGUAUAAAAACCAUUAUGUCUAUGGAAAGUCCCCAUAAAACAUGGAAACACUACGUGUGUGUGUGUGUGUGUCAAUAAUAAAGGCUUUCAUCUUCUUGUGUUUUAUAUAGUCUAGAUUUUCUUUCU